CAGGCGCGUCCAACCCCAAUCGCGCCGUCAAUCCUCAUACAUACACUUGACAUAAGCUUAUAGACACGCAGCUCACUUCCAAGGAUGAUAUCAGCUCGUUCUUACAGUUCAGGAAGCGUGGAGCUUGAAGCCGCUUCUUCGUCUUCAUAAUGAUGCCUGCCGCAACGACCUUAUAUAUGACAGAUGAAAGGCCGCUCAUUGACUUAAACAAUGACGACGAAUUGAAUUUCUUUCAAGGGGAAGCUCGAGCACAACUCCCCAGUCUCUCUCGUUUGAGGAAUGGCCUGGAUGGCAGCAGUUUCGAUUCGCCCCACAGUUUCCAUGUGAGAGACUUCCUACCGCGUGCGACGGCGAACAGGAAGCAACCAUUUGAUCAACGAGCUUUCCAAACCCCUGUUGGACAAUCAUGGCAUUCCUUCAGAGGGAGGGACAGGGACAAUCAACCCUCUCGGCCUCUGUCACAUUAUAACGAUCGUACUAGGGGUGGGAGUGAUGAUAGCCAAGAAAGUACAUCUGGAAACCUCGCAUCACGAAAUUUAAUAUUUCAUGAAGCGAAUUCGAAAGGCUCUUCUCCGGCGGAUACUCUUGAAAGAAAGAUACGCCACCAGCUUGAAGAUUUGAGCAGAGAUGUUUCAACAGGCAUUGACCGCUCCGAUAUGCGCCACAACCUGGAUCACUUCCAUCGGCUCCUGGAUCAAGUUGAGCAAGGAUACUUUUCCGCCUCGAGCAAAGCUGAUAUGAGUGGUGGAAUUUGUAAAACCGCAUUUACUCUCCUGAGACAGCAAGGCGAUUUGUCUGGUAGUGCAUCUGGUCCAAUUCCAGAGUCUUCCACGAUCCAAAGUCCAUUCAACGUAGAACCAGCCCAAGCUUUGGCAUUAGCUAUGAGGCUGUUCCGGAAUGACCUAGUAUCUGAGCAGGUUGUACCUUGUACAGAAAAUGAUGGGUUUCUCGGCGACUCAAUGAUUGCGGAAGAGGAUAUCCUCCCAGAAUUCUAUCAAUACUUAGUGGUUAGCUUUCGGCUUUCAAGCCACGAAUUAGAAAACCUGGAACUUCUAAUAGAUACGUGUUAUAUCUCCCCUUUCUUAAAAUCGCUGCAACAGUCGAAACCCAAUGCCAAAAACCACGCAAAUCUUAGCGAAGAUCAACAGGAACAAAUCUGCAGUCCUGAGGAGCAGGUUGGCAGGCAAAGGUCAGGUGGACAAUCGAGUUACACGGUAGAAAAUGGGAGGCCUGUCAAAUUUCUUGAGCUGUCUGCAAAUAACACAUCUGCGGUCAAAGCUGUCCAGCUGGAUUCUUCAAACAAAGAGGAGCCUCCAGAUACCAAUCUGGUCAGAAGUGAAACAGAGCGGGCCUCGGAAACUUUGGAUUCAUUUAUAGUAGAGGAUUAUUGCCCGUUAACGCAGACGAAGCAAACAGAACUUGCGAAGAACGGCACCUCAAACAACAUCGCCCUGGAAACCGCAAAUGCAAAAAGCAAAUGUGCUCUUGUUGAAGAUGCAGGCAGACCUCUUGUUCCACAUCCCUCCAAUCAUCAAAGAAAACCAGCACCGAACCCAUAUCAAAUCAUGCAUCAACAAACGCUUACUGCUCUCGAGCCUUUUUACAGUGAUACUGAUCGGCCAUACAUCGAUCACCGCACAGUCCAGACGAUCAAAUCUGGACUGUCUCAUGCUCGUUGGGGUCGUGGCCAUCUUCCCCUUUGGAAUGAAUCAAUCCUUCAUGUAGAUUUCACAGACGAGGAAAUCGAGGAUCUCAUCAAGAGUAUCAUAUUGGUACGCGAGAAUUCGAACAACUCAACACCGGAGAUGUCACUUCGGGAGAAGAUUGUUCAUCUGCUGAAGGGUGUCACCGCUAUCCAAAUAGCUAACGUGGUAAACCACUCUCACGGUAAAAGGAAGCUUGAGCCACGCGCUAGGCAGAGCAUCGUUGCAUUUCUAAGGGACGCUUCAGAAGGAAUGAUUGCAAAGAAGCCAAGGCUGCUCCGAGCCAGACACGUUGAUUCUGAUCAGGUCGAACCCAAGUCUAGCCACAAGACUCAGGCUCUUCUCCGUUUACGCGAAUUAGGGGCUUGUAAUUCUCGCGGACUCAAGAUAUCAAGUCGCUUUGUGCGAGAAGAACUGGCAAGGAGCCUGGGCCUUCAGUUUCGACAAUGGAAAACUUUUACAGGAGCUUCCAGCGACGUCAUUAUCGCUGCAUGGUCACCGCAUGGAAACGUCUUUGCCGUUGGAGCGACCUCUUACACGGACAUCAACAAUAUGCAAUAUAAUCGGAAGAACAAUCUACUGCUCGGGAACAUCGCCAACAAUGUCUUGGAGGAGUUGCCUGAUCAUUGCAUCGAUCGCCCACGACCAGAGUCAUUUAGUUUCGGCGCCAAUGCCAACGCGGCCACGUACAACACGUGUGACUCGAAGCUGUACAUGACAGUGACCGCUGCUCAGUUUUCCAGCACAGGAAGAGAGCUCUAUACGGCCAGUUAUGACAAGACUGUCAAGAUUUGGGAUGUCGCCAGUGCGCAGUGCCGAGGCACCCUUCAGCAUGAUGGAGAGAUAAGCCUCCUCGCAACCUCUAGGCAUUACCCGGGUAUUAUUUCGACUGGAAGCAGCGUCUUGGGAAAUUCAAUUCGAACAUACAGUCUAAAUCACGAGGAUCUGACAGCCUCUGGACUCAUUUCUUUUGGUCCAAAAAAGACAACUCUUGGUAAUGGCAGGGUGCUUCACCCAUCUUGUCUACAAUGGGGUCCAAACCCGUGGGUCAAACAUCUUCUGGUGGCAGGAUUUUCCGCUUCAUCUCAAGUUGGAGAGCCUGAUUCACCCGACCCUCUGCCCGAGGGAGAUCUCAUCUGCUAUGAUGCGGUUGCCGAUGCCCGGAUUGAAGUACUGCCUUCGAAGCAAAACGUUUUCGAUUGCGCAUGGCAUCCAGAAAUGCCUUACUUUGCUGCUGCAACUGUUAAAGGCGGUCUUAUAGCCGAACGGUCGACUCGAUCUAUUGUGAAGGUCUUUGAUCCGCUACGAUCGAAUCGAACGACAAUAGAGUAUGAAUGCCCAGCACUUGAUAUUAACGAUGUGACGUUCUGCCCUUCCAUUUCAAACUAUAUUACGGCAGGUUGUACAAAUGGUGUGACGUAUGUAUGGGAUUUCCGAAUGGGCCACAAAGUUCUACAUCAGCUGCAGCACGGCGGUAAGUACAGGGGGACGACGAGGGUUUUAGAUGGCAAUGCUAAGGAUCCUUCAGAGCCUAUUGCGACACUCAAUGCGGAUCUUUCUCGGGAACAAUUCGACACAGGAGUUCGCUUGGCAGCUUGGGGAGAAAAGGGCGAUGAAUUGUACACUGGUUCCUCCGAUGGGAUCGUAAAGAGCUGGGAUAUUAAGCGAUCUUCAGACGAUGUUUUCAUUUCUGAUGUAGCCCGGUUGCAGGCGGGUAUCAUGUGUGGCGCUUUUUCACCCGACUAUAGCAAUCUGCUCAUCGGCGACGCGAGCAGCGCUAUCCACGUGCUGACAACUUCUGGGCUGGCAGAAGAUAACAAUGUAGAAGAAAUGCGACUCCAAAGUUCUUGCGCGUUCUUAGAUACACCGGAAGACACAGCCCUACAAUGCGGCCGAGAACUCAUCGAACGUGGCGAACUCGUCACUCAUCCUGUAUUUGGAGUCGGCAAGGGACCAAAUUAUCGGGGACCGUACGCUCGGUAUGCGCGUCGCUCUGAUGUACCUCCCUCUUCAGAUGACCCAUUGCUGCCUCACAAUCAAGCCAGACAAUUAUGUCCGGUGCAGCGAUCACUCGCCGGUCCGGGUCCCUCUCUUUCUGAGAAUGAGCGAAACCUGCUCGAAGUCCAGACGGAGAUUGCUUACGCACGCAACGCGCGGAGACAACGACAUCAGCCUCCGCCGAAACGGGCGCAUCCCUCAUUCAACUAUGACACGGAUGAAGAAGACGAGUUACAACUCCUCACAGACGACCGGAGACAGAAGCCAUUCCGAAUGGGCUCUGCCAAGGACUCCACGCUGGUUGUGGACCUUACCAUUGAUGAGUCGCCGUCUUCCGACAAAAGUCGCAAUGGCAAUGCUACCGGUGGCGACAGCGGUGUUUCUCAUACCGAUACCAUGAAGUUCCUGGACCCCAAACUUGAAGACAACGACUCGGACUGGUUGGAAGAUGACUAUUGGCAGCCAUAUUGGGGUUGUUGAGUGCGCGGACUUUUUGACUUUUAUCACUUUAUUGUACUUGUCGUUUGCACCUCGCAGCAUCAUUGCAUUGAAAUCACUUACCGCGGGGGAAAUUUGCAGCAUUUUUCAAGACGUUCGCGUCGGCAUUCUGGUCUUUUUCUAUCCCUUGUUGUCAAUUAGGAGCUUCCUGGUGUCUAGGGAUUUUUCCUGUUGUCUCCUUGUCUCAUGAUCAGGAGUGAAACUUUCUUCGGCGAGAUACCAGGCAUGCAUGAAGUACCAUGGCGUAAAUACAUUCGCAUAAAACAUCACC